AGUUUCUUUUAUCUUCUUUAGUACAGAUUCUUGGAGACACAGCCAAGAAAAUGAUGAUGAGAUCCAGUAGAUUUUCUGACACAAUCCAUGUCUUCACUCUUACGGUCAUCUGUUUCACCACCCUGUUCUCUUCUUCCAUCCUCGUCCAGGGAAAGAUCCGGCGAUUCAAGUGGGAGGUGAAGUACGAGCUUAAGUCACCGGAUUGUUUUGAGAAGCCAGUCAUCACAAUAAAUGGCCAGUUUCCAGGUCCUACCAUCAAAGCUCAACAACGUGACACAAUUAUCGUCGAGCUCAAGAAUAGUUUCAUGACUGAAAAUGUCGCUGUCCAUUGGCAUGGAAUCAGACAGAUUGGUACUCCAUGGUUUGAUGGAGUAGAAGGUGUUACCCAAUGUCCGAUACUUCCUGGAGAGAUAUUCACUUACAAGUUCGUCGUUGAUAGACCUGGGACAUACAUGUAUCAUUCACACUAUGGGAUGCAGAGAGAAUCUGGAUUAAUAGGAAUGAUUCGAGUUUCCCCUCCAAGAACCAAACCUGAACCGUUUAAAUACAAUUAUGACCGGAGCCUUUUGUUAACCGAUUGGUAUCACAAAAGCAUGUCGGAGAAAGCGACCGGUUUAGCAUCCAUACCCUUUAAAUGGGUUGGUGAGCCACAGUCGCUUAUGAUACAAGGAAGAGGAAGAUUCAACUGCACAAACAACCUAAUGACUCCUCAGCGCUCAGAAGCUGAAGUCUGUAACGCUUCAAACGCUGAUUGUUCGCGUUUCGUCCUCACGGUGAUCCCCGGGAAGACAUACCGGCUUCGUAUUGGUAGCUUGACGUCUCUCUCUGCUCUUAGUUUCCAAAUCGAGGGACAUAACUUAACGGUCAUUGAAGCGGACGGACACUACGUUGAACCAUUCACUGUGAAGAAUCUCUUCAUAUACUCAGGAGAAACAUAUUCCGUGCUUCUCAAGGCAGAUCAAAACCCUAACCGAAACUAUUGGAUCACCACAAGCAUCGUUAGCCGUCCAGAGAAAACUCCACCAGCAACAUCUGUACUCAACUACUACCCUAAUCACCGACGACGGCGUCCUCCAACGCCGGAAGCCUCCAAUUUUCAACCGGCAUGGAACGACACGCACCCCCGUCUUGCACAAAGCUUAGCAAUCAAGGCGCGUAGAGGAUUCAUACACGCGCCCCCAGAGAAUUCCGACAAAGUGAUUGUGCUUUUGAAUACACAGAACAAAGUUAACGGAUACAUGCGUUGGUCGGUCAACAACGUUUCCUACCAACACCCCACAACGCCAUACUUAAUCGCGUUAAAGCAUAAUCUCACAGACGCGUUUGACUGGCGUUUCACGCCGCCAGAGAGUUACGAUUCUGGAAACUACAACAUAUUUGCGGUACCCUCAAACGCUAACGCAACGAUGAGCGACGGGAUCUACCGCUUGAAGUUCAACUCCAUUGUGGACGUGGUUUUACAGAACGCUAAUACGAUGAACGUUAACAAUAGCGAAACGCACCCGUGGCAUUUACACGGUCAUGAUUUUUGGGUGCUUGGGUAUGGUGAAGGGAAGUUUAAUGAGUUGGAAGAUCCGAAAAGGUAUAAUUUGGUCGACCCAAUUAUGAAAAACACGGUUGCGGUGCAACCGUAUGGCUGGACCGCGCUGCGUUUUAGAGCGGAUAAUCCCGGCGUUUGGGCGUUUCAUUGCCAUAUUGAGUCUCAUUUUUUCUUGGGAAUGGGAAUUGUGUUCGAGUAUGGGAUCGAUAGGGUUUCUGACUUGCCUUCAUCUAUCAUGGGAUGUGGUCAGACUAAACGCUGAUGAUAUAUUUUAUUAAUUCUUUUGGUGAUUUUUUUGUAAGGCCAAAUUGAUGGAAAUGAUUUUUCUUAAUGCUUUUUAUCUGUUUUUGGUGUAAUGCUUUUUAUACUUUGACUAUUGAUUUCAAUCAGCAGAGUGAUGACCACUGACUCAUCAUACUUUAAUUUAAAAUCUUUGUACCAAAUAUGAAAUAAU